GCUGCGGUCCGUCACGUGUCAGUACUAGUUCGUCUGUGUAUAUUUUAAAUAGAUAAGGAACACGAAACCUAAACAACAACAGGCCAUAUCCGGACAAAGUCUUUUUAAUAAGAUUUGCUGAACACAGGGACGACUGGAGACAGGUAUCCAUUUAUGGAUCACAAACGUUCUUUCGGUUAUUGCGUCAUUAUGUGCUGUGUGGUGGUGUUCAUAGGAUUGAAUCUUGGGCCCGGUCACCUGCAUUCCUCAAUGCUGAAGUACCUCGUUAAAACAAAUCUAACAAUUCUGAGAACAGUUAAUACAAAUGAAGUAGCUUAUAAAGUGAAGACUACAUUUCCAAUGAUACAUACUCAUGGCAACAACAAUACUAAUAAGGCCAUGAACAAAACGAGUGAAGUCACGUCAACCCAAACUAUCAGAAAGAGCACCAACACCGGGAAAAAGACCACGCCAAAAUAUUCUACGACAACAGUUUCCGUGCCAAUAGUUAAUACGAAAUCACACAACGCCACAAAACCUGUUAGGUCAACGAACGUCACGGACAUCAGGAAUAUAUCAAGGAAUGCUUCGUCACCUAGAGAUGCAGUUGUCAUGCCGACCCUAAAACCUCCUACAGACAUAGCUCCACUCGAACCGGCCAACUACAGUAUAUGCACCGUAUUUAUAGGUGGCCUUGGUAAUCACAUGUUCAUGUUCGCGACUAUAUUUGGAUUAGCUGCAAAAAAGGGAAUGUCCGUAUCAGUUGGAAAAACUGAUUAUUUAACAAAGAUUUUCAAACUUGACCUUAAACUUAAAGACAAUAAUGGCGGUAUUUGUAAAACAUACGUGGGCAGAGGAGAGAGAUUGGGCUGUGGAUACGAUGAAAAAAUGGCUUCUUUUCCACCAAAUAAUAACUACAGGCUGGGAACAUAUCUCCAGUCAUGGAAGUACUUCUAUAAUGCUUCUGUUGCUCUCCGCAAACAAUUCAGGUUUCAAGAUGACACCGUUGAAAAGAAAAACAAAGUGAUUGAUUUGGUAUUGAAAAAGCACAAUUUAACGUCUCGUUCAAACGUGACUUUGAUAGGUGUUCAUGUGAGGCGGGGAGAUUUAGUAAAUCACAGAUUCGGUUAUAUGGUUGCUAGUGAAGAUUACCUGAAGAAAGCAGUAGACUAUUUUAAAUCAAAGGGGUAUACUAAUCCGUUAUUCAUUAUUUGUUCCAAUGAUAUGAAAUGGACAAAAACACAUAUGCCGAAAGAAAUCCGUUCGGAAUAUAUCGAGGGAAAUUCCGCUGCAGUAGAUAUGGCAGUUCUAGGUUCGUGUGACCACAUGAUCAGUACGGUAGGCACGUUCAGUUGGUGGUCAGCGUGGCUGACAGGUGGGGAGGUCACUUUCUACCAGUGGCCAGCCAAGGAAGGCUCGGGAUUACGGAGACAGUUUAGCAAAGACUACAAAGACUUUUUCUACCCAGGAUGGGUUGGAUUUUCAUAGCACGUCAAUAUGGCGAAUAAUAACUAAUUGAUUAAUGUUGGGCGGAAAUAGGACUACGGGGACCACAGUUUCGUGAUCAAUGUUUACAUUUUGUAUAAUCAAUAUCUUGCUGAUUAUAUUACAUACUCAUUCAACUCUCGUUAGAUAUCUCGUUUCUCUCUUUGCAAUAUAAGUAAAAGACGUUGUUCGAUUUAAAGCAUAAGGUUCAGUAUUUGGACUAUUUGUUUCAGUACAAAGACGUCAUAUAUUAUACAGUUGACUGGAACAAAGUAGCAUACAAAGAACGGGAUAUGAACAUACGUGAUAAGUUAUUAAUGGGGGUUUUCCAAUAUGCUUUUGAAUGCCAUGACAUUCAACGCGGUGUGAAUUUUAAGGUAUACAAAGUUUCCUAGAUAUGAGUCAGUUUAAUCCUCUCUUUCCAAAGCCUAUGUGGGUCCUCUUUAAGUCUAUAUAGUUAUUACAAGGUAGAGCAUGCUGUAGUACCUAAAGGCUAUCUAGUAGUAAUUAAACAGGGGAAUUAAACAACAUAGGUAGGCUUUCAUUAUCUCCACCAUAAUCGCCUUUUAAUUUAACAAAGUAUUCAUUAUAUUUAAAACAAAGUAUGUUAAAUUUUAAUCACUGAUUUUUUUUAAUUAGAUAAAACAGAAAACAAAUGAUGCGUGUGUAAUAAUUAAAACGAUUCCUUUGGAUAAUAUGCAUAAGAUUGAUAACAAGUUUAAAAAAUUCAAAAUGAUUAAGUUUGGAUGAAAAGUAUAUUGUGUUUUGUCCUAGACGUAAUCACUGCCUGUUUUAAUGAUGUUAUUUUAUAUCUUUUCUGCGAACUCAAUGCUCAUAAUAGCGGAUCAACGAAAGCCUUACUUCCGGGUAGUUUGUUUAUAUUUACAUGUGUAAUGAUCUAUAAUUGCGUGUCUUCUCUUGGCCGGGUCGAUACGAAACUUCUUGUGAUGUUGGAUAGGGAAAUUCAGAUUUUUCUUUGGGACAAAUAUCCUGGUUAAUCGCCCGAACGUCACGAUAUUUGUCAUGCGGUAAUAUUUAACAUGAACUUUAUGUCUCGUGAGAAAAUAUUUUUACGUUUGUUAAAGAUGGGUGCCCGCUCAUUCUAUAUUACACAAUUUAGAAAAGCAAAGCAGUAUGGUUUUAAAAGUGUUCUGAACUAACCAUACAUACCAUAAUGAAAUCAGUUUAAGAAGUAUAAAUGCUAAAAAAAUAAUGACGGAUACUUUUUAAUCUAAAAUUUAGCCCUUUGUAAAUAUCUGUCAUAAAGCUGACAUUAAGUCAAAUACUUUUCACCUGCCGCCUUUUUUAAAAGUUCGUUCAAUUAUUUGUUUAAAUGGUGCUGCAUGACACAUUGCAUGACACAUUGGUAAAUUAAAAAUGGCUAUGUUUGGAAGAAACGUUUAUUGUGUUUUGUCCUUGACGUAAUCACUGCCUUUUUUAAUGAAGUUAUUUUUUUUUAUCUUUUCUGCGAACUCAAUGCUCAUAAAAGCGGAUCAACGAAACCCUUACUUCCGGGUAGUUUGUUUAUAUUUACAUGUGUAAUGAUCUAUAAUUGCUGGUCUUCUCUUGGCCGGGUCAAUACGAAACUUAUUGUGAUUUUGGAUAGGGAAAUUCAGAUUUUUUUGUGGGAAACAUAUCCUGGCUAAUCGCCAAACGUCACGCACGCGGCAAACAGUGGUAAGGUUCGGAUACCGCACGCGGCAGAUAAUGGUAAGGUUCGGACACCGCUCUCGGCAAACGGUGGUUAGGUUCGAAUCAUUCAGGCUUUUUGCAUAAUAUGGUCUGGGUUAUGUAUUACAAUUUCGGUGCUGUAGUAUUGAAGUGGUCUGAUAGUAGAAGGGAACCGCUUGAAAUACAGACCGAACACAUCCCCUUUGUAACCUACAGUACAGAGACUCGUACAUUUGAGUCAUUUUCUACAGAAAACCCCCUAUAAAACACAUAUAAAACACAUAUAAAACACAUAUUGCAAAUUGCAGCAAUAUGAUUGCUCGAAGUUCUGGAAUGAAAUGCCAAAUUAAAAAUAACACAAAAAAAUGUCAUCACAAUAACAUUGGGGUCACACUCAGACCUUAAUACUACGACCUACAUUUUACCAUUGUUGUUAUAAUAAUAAUAAUAAUUCGAGAUUCUUAUAUAACGCUUUAUCACAUCCUAGUUCGUAGGUCGUC